CGCUGCCCCAGCCCCGGCCCCAGGCUCCCGGCCAUGGUCCGCCCGGUGCUCCUACUCAGUCUCGGCCUCCUGGCCGGCCUGCUGCCGGUGCUGGCUGCCUGCCCCCAGAACUGUCACUGCCACGGCGACCUGCAGCACGUCAUCUGCGACAAGGUGGGGCUGCAGAAGAUCCCCAAGGUGUCAGAGAAGACCAAGCUGCUCAACCUCCAGCGCAACAACUUCCCAGUGCUGGCUGCCAACUCGUUCCGGGCCAUGCGGAACCUCGUGUCGCUGCAUCUGCAGAACUGCCAGAUCCGCGAGGUGGCCGCUGGAGCCUUCCGUGGCCUCAAGCAGCUCAUCUACCUGUACCUGUCCCACAAUGACAUCCGCGUGUUGCACGCCGGCGCCUUCGACGACCUAAGCGAGCUCACCUACCUCUACCUGGACCAUAACAAGGUGACUGAGCUGCCCCGGGGGUUGCUCUCCCCACUCGUCAACCUCUUCAUCCUGCAGCUCAACAACAACAAGAUCCGUGAGCUGUGUGCAGGCGCCUUCCAGGGCGCCAAGGACCUGCGCUGGCUCUACCUGUCGGAAAAUGCGCUCAACUCCCUGCAGCCCGGUGCUCUGGAUGAUGUGGAGAACCUCGCCAAGUUCCACCUGGACAGGAAUCAGCUGUCCAGCUACCCCUCCGCUGCUCUGAGCAAGCUGCGGGUGGUGGAGGAGCUGAAGCUGUCCCACAACCCCCUAAAGAGCAUCCCUGACAAUGCCUUCCGGUCCUUUGGCAGAUACCUGGAGACCCUCUGGCUGGACAACACCAACCUGGAGAAGUUCUCAGAUGGUGCCUUCCUGGGUGUGACCACACUGAAACACGUCCAUUUGGAGAACAACCGCCUGAGCCAGCUGCCCUCCAACUUCCCCUUUGACAGCCUGGAGACCCUCACACUCACCAACAACCCCUGGAAAUGUACCUGCCAGCUCCAGGGCCUUCGGCGGUGGCUGGAAGCCAAGACCUCCCGCCCAGGUGCCACCUGCAGCUCACCCUCCAAGUUCAGGGGCCAGCACAUCCGGGACACAGCCGCCUUCCGCAGCUGCAAGUUCCCCACCAAGAGGUCCAAGAAGGCCGGCCGCCAUUAAACAGGUCCUGGCCAAGCCAGUCCUGGUGACUGGCCUCUGCCUUCUGCUGGAGAGACUACUGACCUUCCCACCCUGACUCCACCUUCUCCCCAGAGCCUCUGCCAAUGCACAGAGCUGCCACGCCUAGACAUCCUGGCAGGGAGGCCUUGGGCACUCCAGCACACACCCAGCUCCCCCAGAUGGUGGCCAGAAGAAGACAUAGCACCUUCCCCCACCAUUAUUCCUGGCCCUACGGCCACGGCGCCUCAUAGAGAAGCUGUCGCCAAAACCCCCAAGUCCCUCAGAACCAGACAGGAUGGACAUCAGGAUGGCCAUCCCUCCAGAGCCGCCCUUCCCUCUGCUCCCUUCUUCCUGCCAUCUGGAAACCAUCAGAUCCUUGCCCCACUUCUUGCUUCCAGAAAGAGUCUUAAGCCUGUACCCUAAUUCCACCAGCCCCCUGCCAGCCAGGAUGCUCUAGCAGGACACCUGUGCUUUGCUGCAUAUCCUCACAAGCUGCAUUUCUUCCCCGAAUUUCUAUAAUUAUAAAUUUAUGUGUGUGUAAUAUUUA